AUGUCUGAAGAAAAAAGAGUAAAGAGAACUACCCACUUUGAAACUUUGCAAUUGCACGCUGGCCAAGAUCCAGAUAAUGAUGCCCACAGACCAAGAGCUGUUCCAAUCUAUGCCACCUCUUCCUACUGUUUCAAUGACUCCAAGCACGGCGCCCAAUUGUUUGGUUUGGAAGUUCCAGGUUACAUCUACUCUCGUAUUAUGAAUCCAACUACAGAUGUUUUCGAGAAAAGAAUUGCUUCCCUAGAAGGUGGUUUGGCUGCGGUUGCCACUUCUUCCGGUCAAGCCGCCCAAAGUUUAGCCAUUUUUGCAUUGGCUGGUGCUGGUGAUAAUAUUAUCUCCACUUCUUUCUUAUACGGUGGUACCUAUAACCAAUUCAAGGUUACCUUUAAAAGAUUGGGUAUUGAAACUAGAUUUGUUGAAGGUGACGACCCAAAAAACUUUGAAAAACUUUUUGAUGAAAAAACAAAAGCUGUGUAUUUGGAAUCCAUUGGCAAUCCAAAAUACAAUGUUCCGGAUUUUGAAAGUAUUGUUGCUGUUGCUCAUAAACACGGUAUCCCAGUUGUGGUUGACAAUACUUGUGGUGCAGGUGGUUACUUCUGUCAACCUUUUAAACAUGGUGCCGAUAUUAUCUGUCAUUCUGCUACAAAAAUGAUUAAUGGUAUGGGUAACACCAUCGGUGGUAUUAUCGUCGACAGCGGUAGAUUCCCAUGGAAAGACUAUCCAGAGAAGUUCCCUCAAUUCAGUAAACCAUCUGAAGGUUACCAUGGUAUGAUUUUCAAUGAUACAUUUGGUCCAGCCGCUUAUAUUGCCCAUGUCAGAACUGAAUGGUUAAGAGAUAUUGGUCCAACUUUAAAUCCAUUUGGAUCUUUCUUAAUGAUACAGGGCUUGCAAACUUUGUCUUUAAGAGCCAGCAACCAGGCAGCAAACGCUUUAAAAUUGGCCAGGUUUUUCGAAAAAUCUCCAUACGUUGCUUGGGUUUCUUAUCCAGGUUUGGAAUCUCACUCUCACCAUGCUAAUGCCAAAAAAUACUUGACAAAUGGUUUUGGUACCAUCUUAUCCUUCGGUGUUAAAGAAAUUCCAAACUUUGAUAAAUCUAUCGAAGAAAGUGAUCCAUUUAAGGCUUCUGGCCCUCAAGUUGUAGACAGCUUGGAAAUGAUUGCCGAUGUUGCCAAUAUUGGUGACUCCAAAACAUUGGCUAUUGCUCCAUAUUUCACUACUCAUCAACAAUUAUCCCACGAAGAAAAAUUGGCUUCCGGUGUUACAAAAGAUUUGAUUCGUGUGUCUGUUGGUGGUGAACACAUUGAUGAUAUUAUUUACGACUUUGAACAAGCUUUCGCUAAAGUGUUUGGUAAUGCUGUUCCAAAUUAA